CGCACACCGCAAGGUGUGCGUGCGACUGGCCCGCAUGGCUCGAGGUGGUCGAUGGCGAAGACGCUCCCUUUGUCUUGGUAAUGAACUUGCUUUCGUGUCCGCGGUCCUGGGCUGCCGAACAGCUCGAAUUUUUGGAACCCCUUCGAGCACUCUCUCGAGAUCCAGGAUAUGGCAUCCGCCUACAUACUUCACUUCCCCCUCUUGACUUCAUUUGUGCACCUCGACUUAGCAAUGUUCUUUGUUUGCUCUCAAUCCAUGUG